AAAGUGUUCUAGACUGAACAAAGCGGGCCGGCCUUGGCCUGCUUCCAUCAUUGAUACUUAAACCAAACUCAGCGGUCCCAGACUCCUCUCAACUUCCUCUCAUCAUGGCGUCCGUCACACAGAUCAUGUACUUCAAGACCUCUUCAUCCUACCUGCAGGAUCCCUCUAGGUUGAUCUCUGAGCUUGCAACCAAAAGUGCAGCAGACAAAAUUGAAGGGCUUUCUAAGGGAUACCUUGGCUUCGAGACUGAGGAUCCAACCAACGCAUUCUGGGUCUUCGAGUGGACUUCCAAGUCUGCGCAUGACACAUAUCAUCAGACAGACACUUUCAAGGCCACACAAGCAGCUGCUCGACAAGUUUUUGCGAGCAGACCUACCCAUACAUUUGCCGAGUUCUCCAACGCUAGCCAGAUCUUUUCUGCUCCAGCGACGGAAUUUGUCACUUUCACUCUCAAGGAGGGUGCCAGUAUGGACGCACUGCAACCCCUCGUCGAACAGCUUGAGGCUAAGCUUCAAGGAACACCUAAGUUCUACGGCUCGAGCUGGGCGCCUGUCCUUGAUAAGCCCAACGUAGUUCACGGCGUGUUGGGAUGGGAGAGUGUGCAGGCACACUGGGAUGCUGUAAGCUCAGGUCCCCUCAAGGAGAUUAUUGAUGAAGUGAAGAAGAUUGCUGACCUUUGGCUUGUUCACGCUAUACUGACACAGUACAAAGCGUGAAGUACGAACGAAACUUUGUCGACGGUAUUUGAUUCUGAAGUUAUAAAAUACAAAUGUACAAUCUUAUCGAUAUCCCCGAGGAAAACAUUCGAUUUAGCUGUGCGCCCAGGCCCU